CAUUCAAGGAUGGGUCGUUUAUUGAGAUUUUCAAUUGAUGAACCUUUUUCUAAACCCUUAAUAAUUAUUGCUCUUCAAAUUGCUUUUAUAUCUGCAUUAAUUUCAUAUUAUGGCGUGGAAAUCCCUAUGCAGCCUGUUUAUGACUUUUUUCGGAUAAAUUUACAAAAGGUUAAACAAAAUUGUGGAUUUCUUCCUAUUGAAAAUUUGUUCAAUAGUUUUACACGGCGUAAAACUUCAGAAAGUCAAAGAAAUGAAGGUUUAAAGCAGAAGCAACGAAAAGAAAUAAUUUCCUCAGAAAACGGGAAUUCUUUUAAACUUGAUAAAAAUGAGAAUUAUUUUGUAUUUACGACUGAUCAACUUGCUUUAUUUGAUGGGACUCGUUCUUCGAAGCCUGUUUAUUUGGCAAUACUUGGACGUGUUUUUAAUGUUGAAAAAGGAAAAAAGCAUUAUGGACGUGGUGGUGGAUAUAACUUUUUUGCUGGUCGAGAUGCAACUCGAGCAUUUGUGUCGGGCGAUUUUUCAGAAGAAGGACUUUCUGAUGAUAUUAGCGGAUUAACAGACGAGGAAUUACUUUCAAUUGCUAGUUGGAUUGAAUUUUAUGAAAAAGAUUAUAAAUUUGUUGGUGUUCUUUUUGGAAUUUAUUAUGACCGAGAUGGAAAUCCAACACCUUUACUUGAUAAUAUAAAUUCCAAAAUUUCUCAACUAAAAAUACAAAAACAACAAAAAUCAAUCGAUAUGGAGGCAUUUCCACCUUGUAAUUCUGAAUGGCGCAAAGAGACGGGAGGUCGAGUUUGGUGCACUACAAGAAGUGGAGGGGUGGCUCGUGAAUGGGUUGGAGUGCCUCGUCUUUUAUUUGAACCUACAACUCAAAAUCAACGUUGUGUUUGUGUCAAAAAUUUUGGUGCUCCCUUAUCAAAUUUGGGCGUAGAUAAAAAACAAAUAAAAGGAGGAGAAAGUCGUGGGGAUUUGGACAAUCCUAAUUUAAGAGAAUAUAAAGAUUGUGUGCCAACUGCUAAUUCUUGUAAAUUAUCCAUUGAUUGA